AUGCCCUCGGCCGACGGUUCUUCCUCUGCUCGCCCCAAUGGUACCAGCUCCCGGUCAGAUCAGCUUGCAUGGUAUAAGACGCAGUAUGAGCAACUAGAGGCUGAGCUAGCGGAUUUUCAGGCCUCCAGCCGUGAGCUGGAGGCGGAGCUGGAAAAGGAUAUCGAGGCAUCUGAGAAGCGGGAACGGUUGUUGAAGGAGAAGGUGGAUAGCUUGAAAUACGAGGUCGAGGAGUGGAAGACCAAGUACAAGCAAUCCAAGUCGGAGGGAAACUCGGCCCAGAACACGUUACAGAAAGAGAUCACGACUUUGAGGGAUGCAAACAGGACGCUACAGCUGAAACUGCGAGACAUCGAAGUCGCAAACGAUGAUUAUGAACGUCAAGCCCGGCAUACGACUUCGUCCCUGGAGGAUCUGGAGUCCAAGUACAAUGUCGCCAUCGAACGAGCAGUCUUAUUGGAAGAGGAAAUCAGAACCGGGGAGCAGGAGCGGGAAAACUUGCGCAUCGAGAAUCAACGUCUGCGAGACGAGCUUUCGGAUCUGAAGAUAGAAACGGAAAUCAUCCACGAAAAGCUCCGGCAUGCGGAACUGCAAAACAGCCGGCGCAGGAAGCCGAUCUCCUUGCGCAGUCCAUCAACACCACAGACACCGGAUCUCUUCAAUCGUUCUCCUGCUUCAUCCAUAGUUUCCUCGCCGUUAUUCUCGACUCCUACAUUGAAAACCUCGCUCAUGUCCGCCACUGCAACGCCUCCGUCGCCGCCGAUAUCCGAGUCCUCGAGCAGCCUGCGCAAGUCAAUGAAUGCUAUGCCUGGUUUCCCUCUUCAGAAGGCCUCGGCUUCUGACUCGUCAUUUGGCACCCGGUCGCUGCAUGGGUCCAGGACUCAGAAAUAUAACAACCACGCGCGUGCAACCUCGUACGCUUUUACGAAUAACCGCCCCACGCCAUCAGCGACCAAUCGGCCCAGCUUGCCCAAGCCGAAGCCCAAGCCCCAUGAAAACACCAACAAGAAUAAUAAUAAUGCCCGGUCGUCUGGGCUGCCGAAGUCAGGUUCACUGUAUCAAAUUCGUGGACUCAUUGGCAAGAUGCAGAAGCUCGAAGAGAGAGUUCAAUCUGCAAAAUCCAAACUGCCACCCCCGUCGGAUUCACCGUCUCGUACGUCUUCUCGUUCGGGAUCGAUAAUGGGCGAGAGCCCGGUUGCAUCUACAAUAACAGCCCGAAGGAACUCACGCAAACGGCUGAGCGGGAGUAGUUUCAGCUCGUCUAUUCGAGACGGUGAUAGUGUGCCCUCUUAUGCUCCGCACAGUCGACGGACGCAGGGGGAUAGUCGCCCAAGCAGUCGCACCAGCUACUCGAGCCACAGCUCUGUCAGUCACAGUACACAUCCGAGCGUGACUCCAUCAACACGCCCCGAGAGCCGCCAGAGUCGGACAAAGACACCACUGGGGCAUUACUCGACCAACCCGACCACCGAGAGCCGCCGACCCCGGUCAUCGCUCAGCAACCCCUCUACUCAGAAUGGAGUCGUCAAUGGGAUGGCCCAUAUUGACGAGGAUGAGGAUCUUGCGUUGCAUAUGUCUUUACGGGCUAGGAUCAGCGAGAUCCGCGAGACUCGGCUUCCGUCCAUCUCCACGCCGACUGGACUCAAGAAAAGAACCCCAAGCGGGGUCUCUGGUAUCCCAGCGCCUCGAACAUUGAGAACGAGCACUGACUUUGACCGGUUGGAAGGCGAUAUGGGGCCACCAGAGCGGAAAUCCAAGAUUACCGAUCUUGGAGAAACAUUUUAA